AUGGCAAAAGGGAAGAAUCUGAAUCCGGCAGAUGCUUUCCGGAAAGCACAGAGAAAGAAAGAGUUAAAGAAGGCAAGCCAAAAGCGUGCAAAAACAAGAGAUUUUGCGCUAGUGAAGAAGGACACGCGAGACCUUGAGGAGAGCAUCAAGAAACUUGAGGCCGACCCAAAGGGCGACAAAUCACGACUUGAAGAACUCAAAGCCGAGUUGGAGAAGAUCAACAACAAGAAGGAAGAAUAUGUGAAGGAGCAUCCCGAGCACCGGAAGCUGGUCUAUCGGCCUCGCAGAGACUUGAAUGAUCAAGGGAAGCAAGCAGAUGCACCGAAACCCCAGAGUCGUAACCUGUUCAAUAAGCACGGUCUUCCCCGCCAUCCUGAGCGCAGUAUUUACCAUGAUCCUGUGCUUAAUCCUUACGGAGUCCCACCUCCAGGAAUGCCCUACAUCGAGCGGCCCCUUAGACCAGAUGAGGUUACGAGUGAUCAAGGAGAGCAGGACGAUGAAGAUGAUAUUGUAAUGCCUGUCGGACCACCUCCUGGUGUUAAGGAGGAAGACGACAUUGGUGUUGAUGAUAUCCCCAUGCCUGAAGGGCCACCACCGGGUAAAGAAGCUCCGCCGUUACCGCCGCUCCCUCCUCCCGUCGCUCCGCCCCCCGCGACACCCGGCCCACCACCGUUGCCGCCGGAUCCCCCGUUCCCUCCCCCGCCAGCUGGAUUCCCGACUGCUCCUCAGCACUCUUGGUUCUCAGUACCACCGCCCCCUCCGCCUGGCUUCCAUUAUGCAGGCUCAGGAGCUCCCCUUCUUCCACCGCCUCCGGAAUCUGGCAUGCCGCAUGUUUAUUCGGGAACCCCGCUCCCUUCGGGCGCUCCCCCUGGUUUCGCGCAACCGCGAUUUCCGCCUCCUCCGCCUGGGUUCUACCCUCACAAGACGCAAUCUAUUAGCUCUAUGCAAGAUCCACUCUCAGCUGUUCCUCAUCAGACCUUCCAGGCGCAUCGGGCUUCGAAAGCAACACACCCGUCUUUACCCCCGAAGCCGGUUGAUGCGAGCACUGGUGCCAUAUCGGCGGCAGCAACUGUCACCGCAGAACCAGAACUGCGCGAUUUUAAGAAGGAGGCCACAGCUUUUGUGCCUGCUGCCCUCAAGCGCAAGAAAGCGCAGUUAGGCACUGGCUCACUUUCGACCAGUGGGCAUGAAGCAAAGCCCCAGGCUGCGAACAAGUCCAAGGACGACUAUGAUAAAUUUCUAGAGGAGAUGGGAGAUAUUUUUGGUCCAAAGGCUUGA